UAUUGCAAGCAGGCACCCAGGGUGACAGGGUACACGUGUCGAUACUCCUGAAAGCACACACCAAUCAACAAGACUCGAGGAAACAUCUUGUAGACUUCUUCCAAAACUGGUUUACCUGCCCCUCCCACGAGCAAGUGGACAAAAGGGUACAUCAAAUCGUCUGCGUCUAGAUACUCUUGAAAACAAUGGGAUAGGGGAGUCUCAGCGAAUUUUGGGUACUUCCUUAGCACUUCCAGAACAGUCUGAAUCUGCUCAUCAGAGAUCCCAUCAAAAUGAACAUUGGCCAACGUAUCCUUUAGUACCUCCCUUGCCCUCUCAGCUCCGAAGAUUUCGUCAAUACUUUCGCCAUCAACAUCAUCGUCGAAGACAGAACGGGCAUCGGCAGUGGAUUGAGUACUACAUGAAGACACGGAUCCAUCAUCUGUGUCUUGAUCUGGAAAUGCUCCCAUAUCUGCCACGUAAUAGACUGCUCCGUCAUUAGAGGCUGUAAUCGCAUGGUCAUUGAAGGCCAUGGUGGAGAAUUGGUUGAGCCCCCACCAAGCAACUGAAUGUUCCCGCAAAAAUCUGAGAAAGGUCUGAAAUUGUGAGGGUCGGAGGGGAAGAUCUACAAGCUAAAAGUAUCUUCUCGGUACCGGAACAUUAAAACUCCGAACUUUGCUGGAUACCUCCUGGAUAUCGCUUACUGUACUUUCCGCAGCUAUGUAUGGGUACUAGUAUGCAUAGAGACGACCUGAUACACAUACAAACACUCGUUGUACAUUGUCUGGUCUUGUCCUGGCCAUAGAGGAUUUUUUGUUUGCCGUUGCAGCCAUCACGACGAGACGCAAUAAUAUUACAUGUAAAGUUUGCGAAUCUCCGACACGGGUUUGUGAAUGAAUCAAGUUAGACCUAGCUAUCAUAGCUAGCUAGGACAGAAAACGAAUGCAAAAAACAAGAAGUAGGCAGGCUCAGAUUUCGGACAGCAGCAACGGCAAAGCACCACAACAACAAAACCAGAAGUGGUAUUUGAAUUUGAUUGGAAUGAUAGGUGCUGUCCGCUUCUCUGUGGUUGAAUCGAAGGAAGAAGGAAGCAAAGCCAUUGGCUGGGACGAAGAAAGAAAUAGAGCCAAGAGAGGUUGUGCAGAUCGUAAUGAACGGAAGCGAGUCAAGAAGGAAAGAAAGGGCGCAAUGGCGGCGGAGCAGGAAAGAAUACGGGGGCUAGGUCCGCCGAUUCCUUGCUUACCUUGCGGAUUUAGACCAGCAAGUUAUGGAAGACCACCUAUCAGGGAGAGAGUUGUGGCGGGUAUUCUCGAGGAGUGGAUUGGUCAGGAAACCCUUCAAGACUGUAUCGACGCGUUCCGUCAGCGUUUCAUCACCCCUGGGAAUAAUGUCGAUCUCGCCGAUUGGGACACCGUCCAAAGGCUGCAGCAGAUAAUGAUUCAGUUCAUGGUGAAGAAUCUCUUCGAAGACCCUGUACCUGGUAUCUGCCGCCGCUGA